UAUUGUUCAUGUCUUGCACAGCCAGCCAACCACACACAGUCAGACAGACAGCAAAGCUAAAGAGGAGCUAGCCGCAAGCAAUUUAUUUCACUCAACGAGCAUAACUAUCUUGGGAGAUUAUAUUUAUACUGGAUUUAAUAAGGUCUAAUAAUAACAAAGUGCAUUUUAACAUCAACGUCGCACGUUUUUUGUAUCUUUCUUCGUAUGACUACCUAACAGUUAGCUUAGCUUGCUAGCAAGCUGCAAGUGUGGUAACGUUAGUUUGAGAAGAAGCUAGCUAGCGGGUUACACAAGUGCUAGCUAACCAGCUGCCAGAAUGAAUGUCGCAAAAAGUGGUUAUCGGGUCUUUUCUGCCAAUUCUACUGCAGCAUGUACAGAACUAGCCAAGAAGAUAACUGAACGACUAGGAGUUGAAUUGGGCAAGUCGGUGGUCUAUCAAGAGUCCAAUAGAGAGACCAGAGUAGACGUGAAGGAAUCUGUUCGCGGCCAAACUAUCUUCAUCAUCCAGACCAUACCCAGAGAUGUCAACACGGCCAUCAUGGAGCUGCUGGUCAUGGCCUACGCCCUCAAGACCUCCUGUGCAAAGAACAUAAUUGGGGUCAUUCCCUAUUUCCCCUACAGCAAGCAGUGCAAGAUGAGAAAAAGGGGUUCCAUAGUGUGCAAGCUGCUGGCUUCCAUGCUAGCCAAAGCAGGUUUAACUCACAUCAUCACCAUGGACUUACAUCAGAAGGAGAUUCAGGGCUUCUUCAGUUUUCCAGUGGACAACCUGCGUGCCUCCCCCUUCCUGCUUCAGUACAUCCAGGAGGAGGUCCCAGAUUACAGAAACGCCAUUAUUGUUGCAAAGUCACCGUCUGCAGCUAAGAGAGCUCAGUCCUAUGCAGAGCGACUGCGUUUGGGCCUGGCAGUGAUGCAUGGCGAGGCUCAGUGUUCAGAGUCUGACAUGGCGGACGGGCGACACUCUCCCCCCUGUGUCCGUAACACCUCAGGACACCCUGGGCUGGAGUUGCCUUCUGGCAGCAAACAACAAGCUCCGUUCCCAGGCAUAGAGCUCCCAAUAAUGAUGGCCAAGGAGAAGCCCCCGAUCACUGUUGUAGGAGAUGUGGGAGGAAGAAUCGCCAUCAUUGUUGAUGACAUCAUCGACGACGUGGAGGACUUUGUGGCGGCAGCUGAGAUUCUGAAGGAGAGAGGAGCUUAUAAGAUCUACAUCAUGGCUACACAUGGGCUGCUGUCUGCCGAUGCCCCCCGUCUUAUUGAGGAGUCCGCCAUCGACGAGGUGGUGGUGACUAACACCGUCCCUCACGAGGUACAGAAGCUCCAGUGUCCCAAGAUCAAGACAGUGGACGUCAGUAUGAUCCUGGCCGAGGCCAUCCGCCGCAUCCACAACGGGGAGUCCAUGGCCUACCUGUUCCGCAACAUCACGGUGGACGACUAAGGCCAGAGACAGGGUUGAGUUUGUGCUAGGUGAGGUGUUAGGAGAAAACCGGUGGUAUACACGCUAUGCUCCCCUCCUCUCUCCACAGUGCUAGAAAUGCAUACUGUCCCUGUUGUCUGCACCUUCACACACAGCCUAGUUCCGAUGACUAGGACGAGGGGGAGUACCGUCAUCAUAUCCCCUCUUACAAACCAAUAAAAUGCAUUUUCAUCAGCUUUUAGUGCCCAAAACAUAACAUGGAGUUGCUCAAUAAAAGCGAUAAAAGAAACAAAAAGUUGAGCAAUACUAAACGGUUGAUUUAACGUGCAUAUUUGUUGUCAGGUCAUUUUAUAUUUUUUUGCCUUACUAUGCUAAGGUCUGGCAAACCAGCAUGAAUUACUGUACCUCACCUCCAUGGUAGUUUUGAUGUCUUUUUGAAUUCCUCCAUGCUUCAAGAUAUGAAGGGAUUUGUUAUUUUGUUGGUUCACUGUUUUUUUGGGUCAAAAACUCCAGGCCACUCUUGAAUGUCUGAAGCUAGAUAAAAAGUAUGUAGAUAUUAUAAUGGACUGAUAUUUUUUUCAAACGGCCCUUUUUCUGGCCCACAAAUUGCUUUUGAAAAAAAUCUGUGCGGCCUUCUGAUAAAUGUUGAAAUCCCGAUGUGGCCCUCGAGCCAAAAUGAUUGCUCACCCCUGGUCUAGCCACUGUCAACAUAUCUAAUGAUGGCUUUUUCUUCAGUUCUCCGUUAUGAAGGAGGUUGACCCUAUUUCACUCUUUUUAAGUAUCUUCCCAAUAACAUCACUUAUUGGUUGAAUCAUUUCCCCCCACACCCCUGGCCCUCCAGGCCUACCGAGCACUGUGACUGCUUUGCAUUUAGAUGCAGGUGUGUUAAUGCAAAACCUACUGAGAACAAAGCUAAAGGAACCCUAGUACAGCAGCUCCCAACCAGUUCUGUGUGACACCUAAGCCUUGUGAAUUCAGGCUGACUCACCAAAUACAUCUAAUAAGACCACAUGUAUUGUCUACCACCACACAUUAGGCCACAGAUUAGUAAUUUUUGACCCACCAUGUUUGAAUCCCAAACACUGUCCUAGUCAUUGUUACUGUAUUGGUCUAGUCAGUCAACUGUUCUCUGUGUAACUAACAAAUGUCAUGAUGAUCUGAAUGGAUAUAACCUUUUAUAUUAAAGGGGGAUAUGAUAUCCUGACUCUGAAGUAGACUUUCCUAUAUAGUCUUGUUGCUUCUCAUUGGCAUUCAGAAAGACUGACAAUAUAUGCAUUAUGUGUCCAUGCUGAGGUCAUGGUUUUGAAUAUAGAAAUUGUAAUCGUGACCCUUUACUGUAUGAUGUAUGGAAUUGUGGUGUCAACUUGCUGAUCAGGAGUACUGAGAUCUGUCAUGAUGGAUGCCAUUUAGUGUCCCCUAUGAAAAGAUGUGGACUAAUAGUCAAACUGAUGUUCAAGGGAAGUUGUGUCUGAACCCUCUGUUGGAGCUUUAAGCUCAGGGAGAUAUGUUUCUGAGGCAAAUGCAUAAUGUAUGUGAAGAAAAACUGCUCUUAAUGCUUGUGCCUAUGUCUCUGGUACAGCAAAGUCUGCAAAUGUAAAUGUGUUGCAUUCCGUUCGGCAGAACUUUCUCUUUACCAUUCUUUGUUACUUUUGUUGUUGACAUUCGUUCCUUUGUUAUCCUGUAGGAUGUGCUAAUUGUAAACCGCUAACUACCUGUGUGUGGUACAGACAUGAGGAAAGGUCCUUCUUGGAGAGAAAUAGCUGUUGCUAUGCCAACUCAUAUCCAUGUCUUCCGAUAGCACAUUGAUUUGUUACUUCACUCUCAUUGUCUGAUCUUGAUGUAGCCUAUUUUAUGAGUUUAUGAUUUAAUCGAAUAAUUGGUGUCUGCAUCCGAUUUUUUUGUAAGUUAAAAUAAACCUUUGGCUUCAUU